GAGAGAGAGAGGGGGAGAAAAUUAAUUUGAGUUCAGUCUAGAGAUGGCGUAACGUUUUUGGCAACCCCAUCACGAAUGAAACUUUGGAGGGGAUGCCAGAGUAUGCCGGCAAGACAAUAGGAAAAUUAGACAGGGCACUCGUGGCACUGAAUAUGAAAAAUGCCGCGGAAAAGGACUUCAACGCUCGAACACAUGUGGAAAAAUUGAAGGAGCAGUAUGGCGACGGAGUGUCCACACUCUGCCUUGUUUACAAUGCAACUGGGGAUACCAUAACAUAUUCUGAUAAGAAAGAUUGGUUGGGGCACAUCGGAAAGGCACCAUACGUAGCACUGAUUGCAAAUGGUCAGUGGGGUGCGUUUCUGCACGUCAAAACUGCCGGUGAGUCUUCUGGAUCCACUGCGGCUGUUGUGUACCGAGGCACGGAUAAGAAUGGUACCGAAUGUGAUUGGAUGUUGUCCUGGAGCAACCCAUGGGGAAGGACUAAAUGGGACAACACGGUCUAUACAGAGAUUCGCGAACCUGGCCACUUUGAAAAGGAAGGAACUUGGGACAUAAUCUAUAAUUUCUUGUGUCAAACUCGUCCGUACAGCGAGGACACCUGGAAUUGAUGCGUGUCAAUCAUGUCAACUGGCAGUGACACCUCCCCAAUUGUUGAAGCAAUACUCACUUUAGAAAAUGCUUAAGUUUGUGCAUCUGUGACACUUUAUUUUCUCACGCGGGGCCUUUCAAUUAAAAUGGGAUGCAUAUUCCAUGUUAAUUCUAUUUCAAUAAUAGGCUUGUAGUUUGAAUUUGAGUCUUGUAUUCUGUUUCAAAAUAAUGUAAUAUAUUGUAAUGUUUCAGCAAGGACACCUUGAAUAGAUGCGUGUCAAUCAUGUAAUAAAUUGUAAUGCUUCAGAAAGGGGAGAAAAUAAAGAAAAUAAUGUAAUAUACUAAGCUUAA